UUCUUUAGCCAUCAAAUUUCCAAGUGAAGGUUGCGAAUUGACCGGUGACAGAAACAAAGAGGUAAAAAGCAUAUUACAGUUUCAACUCAUCAACCAAGGACGCAUCGGUCAGUCUCAAUAUGAAGUAAAAUACUCGUCCAUGAUACUCGGAAUAGCAGUGAGGACAUGAACUAUCAACAGCUCUGUGCGUUUUCUCAGCCCUCAGAACUUUCCUGCAGUUAUUUGUAAACGUUUUUCUCCAGGUUGCGACUAAGAGUGUUACUGGGAUUGUUAUUCAGUUGCCUUAGUUACUUUAGCGAAACAGGGCUGUUCCUUAUCCCAGAUAUUACAAGUUCUUAAAAGCCCGAGUAUAAAACUGAAAGAUUAACUGAAAUAGGCGAAUCGCCUAUUUAAUAUGUCAAACUAUUCUCGCAUUUUAUUGGUUCUUACUUAUUAUCUAUAGGAGGACAGACGUGUAGAUUAUGUCAUUAUCACUUUUUUUGUUUCUUUACUAUAUAAAAAAAAUAGAUUCCACGUUGACAUAUAUCUGUUCAGUAGAUCGCAGAAGACGUCAAGAUGUGGUAAGAACAUCAGUGACACACUCGCCUAACGGCUCGUGUGCCACUUUCAUGUUCUUACUAUAUUUAUUACUGUACAGACGCACGACAACAUGGAAUCUAUUUAUUAAUGUGUAACAGAUUCACUUGGCAUCUUGUCUUUUUAAACUCGUCCCUUGUACCAACAAUUCUGCUACGUGAUAGUGCAAAGAAAGCAUCUUGAGGAACACGUGACUGUCACGUGCCCGUGGAGGAUCCUUGGAUGUGGUUAUUGCAGUGAGCCACACCCAGAGUGUAAGAUGAAGGACCACAUUGAAAAGUACAGCAAGUUCCCGGUAACUUGUCCCAACAGUUGUGGGGUUCUUACUCUCAGGGAAAUGAUUGCAAAUCACACGGAAGACGAUUGUCCUUUAACCAUGAUGCCUUGUCCUUAUGAACAGAUGGGCUGCAAAACAAAGAUUCAACGACGUGAAAUGGGAUCCCAUCUGCAAUCUGCCAUGAGACUCCAUCUUGACUUAGCUUGUGUGAAAAUAAAUACCACUGAAGAAACAUUAAACGAAACACGGAAGUUAGGUUACAUAACACAGAAUUAAAGUUAAAUGACAUGCAAGAUACAACAAGGAAACUGAUGGAAAAACUCGACAAACUCGAAAAGAAAAAGAGGGAGGAUAAAGGGAAUACAACUGAAACCAAAAAAAUUAAUGAAGGCGAAACACGAACCUUUCAAUUUCCCACGGGUGUUUGUUUGGAAAUUUAUUAAUUUUAGUGAAAUUUUGAGACAAGCAAAGACCGGCGAACAGAUCCUAAAAAUAGAAACUACUUCCUUCUGCACGGAAAGAUAUGGCUAUAUUUUAAAAAUAGCAAUGUAUCCCAAUGGUUAUGGUGAUUGUAUGAAUACUCACCUCACGGUGUUCAUUGUUGUAAUGAAAGGUGAAUAUGACGCUAUAUUACC